AAUUCGUUCAGUUAAGUUUAUUAUAGCGAAAUGAAGACUUGCAUCCGCAGUUUAUGUCUAUUAGCAGUCAUAUUGGCUUGCAGUGGUUCACCUCAAGGCCGUAUAACCGGAGGACACACUGCCAUAUUAGGACAAGUACCAUAUCAGGCUUACUUAGCCGUUGCUGGUUCCCCUAAUUGUGGUGCAGUAAUUUUGAGUGAACUUUAUGCUCUAACUGCUAUGAGAUGCGUCUGUUCAGCAGGCAGUCAGAAUCCAUGGCCAGCAUCAGCAUUUAGUGUAAACGCUGGUACGAUUGAUCUUUACAGAGGCGAAGUAUCAAUCUUCGUUGAAGAAAUCACACUUAGCCCUCAUCGUAGCGAAUUUAAUACUGGACUUGCAUUGUUGAAGCUUCGUCAACCAUUCGUUUUCUCAGAUUACAUUCAACCAAUACCUUUAGCAAAGAAUAGUCCAGUAGUUGGUGAACAGAUUGAAGUUUCCGGAUGGGGACGUCAGUUGGACACUGAUUCAAAUAUGCAACGUGCUUUACAAAUCAAUGAAGGAACUGUUAUUAACGAAGCUGAAUGCAGUCGUUCUAUAGAUAAAUCCGACAGUCAAGUAUUUUGUUUGGAUCAUCCACGCAGCAACGGUAUUUGUAGAGGAGAUUUCGGUGGACCCGCUGUCUAUCAAGGUGAAUUGGUUGGCAUUGCUGCCUACGUUUUGGGUGAAUGUGGAAGUUAUUUGCCUGAUGUGUACACCAGCAUCGCUAGUAACUACGAUUGGAUUGUUGAAACAAUGUCAGCUUAAAAUCUAUUCAACACUAAAAAAUUCUUCACAAAUUUGAAUCGUUAACAUCAAGCGAUUAUAAAAUUUAUUCCUGUCGGGUAUCGAUUAUAUUGAACAUAUGUUCUGUAUUGGAUUACAAUUGUGUAUAUACGUAUUAAGAAUAUAUAUUUAAAAUAUUUCUGUUAAUACAGUACUAAAGAAUUUUGUGUUCAAAUACUUUCUAUACUUCGAAACCCAUUAAUAAAAAGCAUUAUUUUUAAA